AUGCGAUCGUUUGUUCUCUUCGCUUCUCUUUGUGGAAUCGUCUUAAGCUCAGUGUGGCCUCUUCAGAUGCAGUGUUACCACUGUGAGGAGACCCUGCUGAACAAUGACUGCUCAGCCCCCAAGUUCAUCGUCAACUGCACAGCCAAUAUCCAGGAUGCCUGCCAGAAAGAGGUGAUGGUAGGACCACAUGGUGUGUCCUACCGAAAAGCUUGUGCCUCUUACACCACAUGCCUAAUUGCUUCCGCGGGCUACCAGCCUUUCUGCUCCCCUGGCAGAGUGGGCUCCGUCUGCAUCAGCUGCUGUAACACACCUCUGUGCAACGGGCCACGCCCACCCCGCACCUCCCGGGCACACGCUCCCAGCCCACUCAACCCCACACACCUGCUGGUCCUCGCCGUUACCGUGGGAACGCUGCCGCCUGCCAUCUUGCUGUGA